AUGGUGCUCUCAUUCAUCCUCAUCCAAAACCGCCAGGGCAAAACCCGCCUCGCAAAGUGGUACGCACCCUACACCGACGAAGAAAAAGUAAAACUCAAAGGCGAAGUCCACCGCCUCAUCGCGCCCCGCGACCAAAAAUACCAAUCCAACUUCGUCGAAUUCCGCUCCUCCCCCUCCCACCAUACCUCCUCCUCCAACGCCCACUCCUCCACCCCGGGCCUCGUCCGCCAGAAUCUCUCCUCCACCAAAAUUGUCUACCGCCGGUACGCCGGCCUUUUCUUCUGUGUGUGCGUCGACGCCAACGACAACGAACUGGCGUACCUUGAAGCGAUCCAUUUCUUUGUGGAGGUGUUGGAUCAGUUCUUUGGGAAUGUGUGCGAGUUGGAUUUGGUUUUUAAUUUUUAUAAAGUGUAUGCGAUUCUGGAUGAGGUGUUUCUGGCGGGAGAGGUGGAGGAGACGAGUAAGAUGGUUGUUUUGGCGCGGUUGGAGCAUUUGGAUAAGUUGGAGUGA